UUAAAAUAUUUAUAAUGGACAACUAAUUAUUAAUUAAGAAAUAAUGGUUAAUAAAAUCAAGACCAGAGAGAAUUGAGGAUAUUUAUGAAUCUGAUAAGAAAGUAAAGCAAUAAAUAAAUAUAAUUAGGAAUUGGGUUCUGGUGCUUAUGGAAGAGUAUUUAAGGCUAAACAUAAGGAUUUGGGAUUUGAAAGGGCAAUAAAAAUGAUUCCAAAAAAGAUGAUUGCAAGUCCAGAUAGAUUUAAGAGAGAAAUAGAAAUAAUGCAAAACUUAGUAUUAGAUUAUAGAAUUCAAAUAGGAUCAUCCAAAUAUUAUUAAAUUAUUUGAAAGCUUUGAAGAUUCUAGGAAUAUCUAUUUAGUUAUGGAGUAGAUAUAUAAUAUAUAUAAAAAGAAUAUGUACAGGAGGAGAAUUAUUUGACACAAUAAUUGAGAAAGGUCAUUUUACAGAAAAAGAAGCUUAGCAAACAUUUUUAUAAAUAAUGUAGGCUAUAAAUUAUUGUCAUACUCAUGGUAUAUGUCAUAGAGAUUUAAAACCUGAGAAUUUUUUAUUGCUUGAUAAAACUCCUAAUGCUCCAAUAAAAGUAAUAGAUUUUGGUCUUAGUGUUUUAUUUCAUGAUAGUCAUUACAAAACAGCAGAUGGAAAGACUUAAAUGAAAUCAAAAGCUGGAACAGUAUAUUAUUUAAAUAUAAAUAUUAGCCAUAUUAUAUAUCACCAGAAGUAUUAGAUGGGAAAUAUGAUGAGCUUUGUGAUGUUUGGUCAGCAGGGGUCAUUUUAUAUAUUUUAUUAACUGGAUUACCUCCUUUUAAUGGAAGAACUGAUGCUGAAAUCUUAAAAGCUGUUAAAUCAGGGAUCUAUAAAUUAGACAUUCCUUAAUUGAAUGGAGUUUCAAACAAUGUUAAAGAUUUGAUUCAAAAAAUGUUAACAAAACCUGAUUAAAGAUUAACAGCUGGAUAAGUAUUAUAGCAUCCUUGGUUGACUACAGUAGAUAUUCCUCAUUCUAUUUUAACUUUGGAUUUUAAAUCAUUCAAAGGAUUUAGUGCUUCAAAUAAAUUAAAGAAAGUAAAAUAAUAAUAUAUAUAUAACAAGGUAACUUUAACUUAUAUUGCAUCAUAAUUAUCAGAAGUAGAAAUUUAAGAAUUAGGGAAAUUAUUUAAAGAAUUAGAUUAAAAUGGAGAUGGAAUUCUUACUUUAGAAGAAGUUAAAAAAGGAUUACAUAAUUUUUAAUAGGAGAGUUGGGGUGAUGUGAUACAAAUUUUAAAGUCUAUAGACACUGAUUGUAAUGGUGUCAUAAAUUAUACUGGUAUUAUAUUUAAAAACAAUAUAGAAUUUGUUGCUGCAACUAUGGAAAGAAAUAUGUAUAUGAAAAAAGAGAAACUAAUUUAAGCUUUCAAAAUGUUUGAUGCUGAUGGAAGUGGUAAAAUUAGCAGUGAUGAAUUAAAAAAGUGUUUAGGAAGUAUUUUUAUAAAUGUCUUAAUUUAUUUAGAUAAUGAAAUUUACAGUUAAUCUGAUCCUUAACUAUGGUAAAAUUUGAUCAAUGAAGCAGAUUAGGAUAAAGAUGGAGAAAUUGAUUAUCUUGAGUUCGUUGAGAUGAUGGACAAAGUUGAUAUUAAAUGAUUGAUGAUGUAUUAGUGAUUCAUUUCACAAUAAAAAUAUCA